AUGGCUGCUACUAUCCGUACCGAUCUUCCAGCUCCCAUUGGGGACAAGCAGCUGGAGAAGAAGCCCAUCAAGUUCUCCAACUUGCUUCUCGGCGCUGGUCUCAACCUCUUCGAAGUGACCACCCUCGGACAGCCUCUUGAGGUCGUCAAGACCACCAUGGCUGCCAACCGAGGUGACAGCAUGGCUGCGGCUUUGGGACGCGUCUGGGCCCGUGGUGGUCCCCUAGGCUUCUACCAAGGUCUCAUUCCCUGGGCCUGGAUUGAAGCUUCCAGCAAAGGCGCCGUCCUUCUCUUCGUCGCCUCCGAGGCUGAGUACUAUGCCCGUGUCGCUGGUGCCUCUGAGUUUGGCGGUGGUAUCAUUGGUGGUGUCACCGGUGGUGUUGCCCAGGCUUACGCCACCAUGGGUUUCUGCACUUGCAUGAAGACGGUCGAAAUUACCAAGCACAAGAUGGCUGCCACCGGUGUCAAGCCCCAGUCUACCUUCCAGACCUUUGCUGAGAUCUACCGCAAGGAGGGUAUCCGUGGCAUCAACAAGGGUGUCAACGCUGUCGCUAUCCGACAGAUGACUAAUUGGGGUAGCCGAUUCGGUCUCAGCCGUCUCGCUGAGGGCUGGAUCAAAUCUCUCACUGGCAAGAAGGAGGGCGAGAAGCUGUCCGCUGGCGAGAAGGUCUUCGCCAGUGCUCUUGGUGGUGGCCUCAGCGCGUGGAACCAGCCCAUUGAGGUCAUCCGCGUUGAGAUGCAGAGCAAGAAGGAGGAUCCCAACCGCCCCAAGAAGAUGACGGUUGGCAACACCUUCAGGUACAUUUACGAGACCAACGGCAUCAGGGGUCUUUACCGUGGUAUCGCUCCCCGUAUUUCUCUUGGUAUUUGGCAGACUGUCUGCAUGGUUGCUUUUGGCGAUAUGGCGAAGACUUAUGUUGAGAAGCUGACCGGCGAGUCGGUCACCGCUAAGCAUUAG